AUGUACACGGGUUUCUUGCUCGAAAAAGACGCUUUGCGGUGGAAUGUCAGUUGCUUAUGGACAGGUACAAGCUUGGGAGUGACUUGUGCACCAGUGCCUCCAAGGUACAGCAAUCUUCCGUUCUCAUUUGUUCCGCCAAACGAGUGGCAAAAGAAAGUUAAAGACUUUCGAAGUAAAAUAGGGUGCACUUCGGAGAAAAUAAAUCAAACUUCAGAGGUCCGUGAACUCAAGAGUGACUAG